AUGCCUAUCCACGAAAAGACGCUCAAAAGCAUCGUUAAAUCUCGAAAGCUAAAGGAAGAAGGGAUCCCUCAGAGCUUAUCGCGUUUAGUGGUCCAUGGUGUCCUGGAUACAAGGCUACAGCUCUUCAUUCGACAAGUCCUCUCUAAUGAUUACUAUGACGGUUCUCGACUUCCUCUGGCGGAAUCAGACCUGGCGAGGUUAAACAAUUUUAGAGUCAUGAGCAAGCCGAUGAAUAAUACUCUCCAAAUCUUUAAUCCAUUGCAUCUCGAAGUUGUGCGGGUGAUUGAUCAGCCGACACUCCAUCAUCUAUCUGAUAUCCUUCGAAGCUUCCCAGGCCAGUUUGCUGAGCAUGGCAAGACCUCCUUCAUUCACUCUGCGCUAUACAAUCCCUCACUACCACCACCAAUCAAAGAAGUUAGCGAUGUUUGCUAUAGCUAUCACAUCGGCGGCGAAUACCUGGCGAGCAGCCGCCUUAAUGCCCUCCGUCUCACAAUCAGACGCCUCCUUCGCCGUUCGAAACGCACAGCCUCUUUCGCAGACACACUGGCAUAUGCACAAGCAAUAAGCCUCGCCCAAAUCAUCCGCCUCCUGGAGUGUCACGACACAAACGAAGAUGACAUUGAACGUGACAACGAAGAAAUGUGGGCUCUUACCCAUCAACUAUGGCAGCAUGCACCAACUCAACUACCAAGCUCGCUAAGUCCGUGGAAAGCAUGGUUAUUCUCUGAGAAUGUGCGAAGGACUAUAAUGGUUUGCAAUAUUCUCUUAGCAGUGUAUAGUUCGCUGAAGAGGGGAUAUACGAUGCAUUCACUUUGCGUGGAGGCUCUGCCGUUUGAUGUGCGGACAAAGCUUUGGGAUGCGGAUAGUGAGAGUGCUUGGGAGGCUGCUGCGUGGAAAGUGCCGGGGCCUCAUUUGGUGACGCUGAGUCAAUUCACAGAGCUUCAACGGCCGGAGGUUGGUGGUUCACGGUUUGAAGAUCUUCUCCUGUUGUCGUUUAGGAGGUGAAGGGUAGUCAUGAGUUCACUGGCUGAUAAUACCUAGGUAGCG